UUUCAAAUCAAAAACAAUGUCGAUCGCCAUGAAGUGAAAGAACGGAAAGGAGGGUAAGAAAAAUCCGAUGUCAUCUAGGUCGUGUAAAGGUUAGGAUAGAAUGUGUUAUAAAUGCCAGUUUUAAGAAUGAAUGACGUUUCAUGGAACAACAAUCCUGGGAUGUUGGGAGGACAGCCAGAAAUGGCGGGUGUUGUUGGAAGACAACAGCACCCAAAUGUGAACAUGGGGAACAGGUCGCAACAUUCUCAAGACGAUGCUACUGUGGGUUAUUUCUUCCAGCGGCCGCAAAACGAAGCCGAAAUGAACAGUUAUGGAACAAAACGCUGGGCCGUCGGGGAUGACAGUGUCAUCGAGCAGAGAAAUAUGGCGACUGUUCAAGAGCUGGAGAAAGACUUCCAUGGGAUGUCUGUCCGUGAGUUUCCGCCAAACCAGUCGGCCAAAAAGUUGUUAUGGGAUGACAGAGGCAAACAUCAAGGGGACCCAGGGAAGCCGGUCUUCCCUAGUCCAUGGACAACAGGGGCCAGAGAAGACACCUGGGGGAACCCCCAAGAGCCUGUGGCCCUUGGAGUAGAUUUGGUGGAAUACGUUUUAGGGGGUGGGUCACCUGGAAACAAAGAUAUGGAUCCCAGGAUGAACCGAAUGCCAAAAGGACCAUAUAUGUCGAGAAAAUAUCAGGUGCAGCAACAAGACCAUGGAAUCUCUGAGCAGGACAAGAAAAGUAAAACACCCUCACCUUUUGAGGGACAUGAUGACCGUGGCGAUGAAAACAAAGAGAAUAUACAAAGUAAUGGACUUAUGCAGAAUGGGCUUGAUGACGACCAGGGAUACAGUAAUCGACGCAGCAGUCGACAGAACUCACCUCCUGGAGAGGAAGGAAAGGGUAUAAUGGACAACCAAAAAAUGUCUAUGAACAAUAGCAACAAUGAGCAUGGUGAUUUUCGUGAUGGCUCGGCUCCCCAGUUCCAGCAGCCUGGCUUCCAGCUCGAUCCUCCCCACUUUGAACCUGUGGGUAUUGACCCAAUUCAGUUUGACUACAGCAAUCAGCUGAUGCAGUCCAUGGAGAGUCCAAAUUUCAACCUCGACUACUCCCAGCAACAGUUACUUCAGCGACAGCAGCAGCCGAUUGCAGUGCUGACCCAGCAGCAGUACGCCCUGGCCCAGCAGCAGCAGCUUGGCUUGCCUCCUACCGCUCUCACACCAACUCCCUAUGUUAUCAACGCGCAGGACCCAUACGCCGUUGGGAUUCCCAUCGCCGCAGGUCCGACUGUACUCCAUCCCCAGUACUAUGGAGUACAGGCCCCUUGGGGCAUAUACCCAGCAAAUCUGAUACAACAGCAGGGUCAACAGACCCCCCAGGGACUUAAUCAGCAACAGCAACAACAGGUGCUCCGGGGUCAAUCGGGGCGACCUAUCACACCCUCACAGCAAAAUGAAAAUAUGCCUAGUCAACCUUCGUCUCUCCAGCAUCAACCGCUUCAGGCUCCAAAUGCCCAAUACCAGAUCAUUGCGCCCGCUUAUUAUGACCAAAAUGGUCAGCUUGUGAUGGGCAACCCUCGCGGCAUUGGCACGCCGGUCCGUCUCGUCUCACCUGCCCCUGUUCUAGUCAGUGCAGCAGCCAAUCAGCAAGGAGGAGGAAACAGUUCUCUUGGGAGUAACCCACUGAGACUGUUGACAACACAGGCCCAAACCACCCCGCCAGUCUACUCCAGUACCUCUACUUCCUCUACACAAAAUUCUCUAGGCUACACUCCUAGCAGUAGUUUGGCCUACACACAAGUAACGGCCAGUCUGUAUUCGCCGCUCAGUGGAGUCAAUCCGCAACAUGGUAACUAUGGCAACACUGGCUUUAGCAACAUGGGGUCAACAGCGCCAGGAACGAUUGGCUCUGGUCAGAGACGAGACUCGAUGGACUUCAAACAGAGGCCACAGUUGCCCAUCAACCAGUUUUAUGGGUCGAUGGGUUCUAUGUCUGGAUCACCUGCAGGCCCCAUGGGCCUUGUCCAGCCUGGUCAGUCAAUGACCCCACCUCCAUCACUCUCCGGCUCCAAUACAAACCUGGCUAUUGGUAUGCAUGGUAUGACGGCUGGAAAUCGUCUCUACAAUGCUGCACCUGGAGCUGAAACAAAAUUCAGAAAUGGUUCAUUUGGCUCGGCCAAUGGACUCUUCCCUGGCAGUAAUCUUUUCCCAAACAGAGCUAACUUACAAUCACGAAGUGCCAGUUUGUCGAAAGAAGUAACAGGGAGGAGUCGAUUGCUAGAAGAUUUUCGAAACAACAGGAUUCCCAACCUAACACUGAAGGAUUUGACCAAUCAUGUUGUAGAGUUCUCCCAGGACCAGCAUGGCUCUCGGUUUAUCCAGCAGAAAUUGGAAAGAGCCACACCACAAGAGAAAUCAAUGGUAUUUAACGAGAUCCUCAACCACGCCUAUAGUCUAAUGACAGACGUGUUUGGUAAUUAUGUAAUACAGAAAUUCUUUGAGUUUGGAAUAAGUGAGCAGAAACAGACCCUAGCCCAACGACUUAGGGGGCAUGUCCUUCCUCUCGCCCUACAGAUGUACGGCUGUCGUGUUAUACAGAAAGCCUUGGAGACUAUCCCUUGUGAAAUGCAGGUGGAGAUUGUGAAGGAACUCGAUGGCCAUGUACUGAAGUGUGUGAAAGAUCAGAAUGGAAACCAUGUAGUACAGAAGUGUAUUGAGUGUGUGGAUCCAAUACAUCUACAGUUCAUCAUCGACGCCUUCAAGGGACAGGUGCAUGCCUUGUCAACGCAUCCAUAUGGAUGCAGAGUAAUCCAGCGAAUUCUAGAACACUGCAACAUGGAACAGACCAAUCCAAUCCUGGACGAGCUCCACCAACAGAUUGAACGCCUUGUCCAGGACCAGUAUGGAAAUUAUGUUAUACAACAUGUUUUGGAACAUGGCCAGCCAGACGACAAGAGUAAAAUUGUGGUUGAGCUUCGUGGAAAGGUCCUUGUUCUUAGUCAACACAAAUUUGCUAGUAACGUCGUGGAGAAAUGUGUAUCUCAUUCAUCUCGUGCUGAGAAAGCCAUGCUGAUUGAGGAAGUGUGCACAAUGAAUGACGGACCUCACAGUGCCUUGUAUUCCAUGAUGAAGGACCAGUUUGCCAAUUACGUGGUGCAGAAGAUGAUUGAUGUUGCUGAGCCUACGCAAAGAAAGAUCCUAAUGCACAAGAUCCGUCCCCACAUCGCCACACUGCGCAAGUACACCUAUGGCAAACACAUUCUGGCCAAGCUCGAGAAAUACUUCAUGAAGAACAGCUCUGACCUUGGGCCUAUCGGCAUGCCCCCGAAUGGAGCCCUGGCAUAGUGCUGUUAUAUAUAUACAACUGGAAACUGGGACCCAUUUAGAGGCCACCAAUGGGAGAUUUCAUCUAUAUAAAGGCCCUAUAUUUUGUCAGUAAUCUUCUGACUAAGACCCAUGUUGGAGGUCAAAAUGGAAGGUUUUGUCUAGUUUAGACCUCCAACAUUGUUAUUGUAUACAGUUGACUUUGAAUUAAACCCAAUUAAAGGCUUCCAAAUAGGAGCUAUGAUUUAGAAGAUGGCUCCAAAGAUUGAUGCAUACAGAGGUAUUUUUAAACCUCGUUACGAUGUAGAGGCCUCUUGGAAUCAAGCUUUUUGGCCUGUAUAUGGUAUAUGUCCUGGGAUCUUUUUGUAGAGGCCUGCCAACAUUAAUGGUUCACAUAUGUAUGUCUUAUUCAGAACUUUCAUUUCGAGUUGGACCAUUUAAGUCCUGCAUUUGAAUAAUAUGGAAUCCAAAUAUAUUUAUGUAUCAACUACGUAUUGCCUACCAGUGUCAGAAGGACAGGGUUGAUAUGUAAUAGAUAAGUUGGACCUAUUUGGAUGCCUUAACCCUUUCACCCCUGCUGACCAUAUAGGACUUCAAUUGAUGAAUGAAUGGCAGAGUCCACUAAAGUGUCUUAGGGUUGAAAGGGUUAAAUAGAUUUCUACCCAUCAUUACCCAUCUAUCUUACAUCAUACAACCUUUUAAAACUUUAUUUCAUCCCUGCCACCUAACUAAAAGGACUCCCUCCUCUUACUAUUUUGCAUUGUCUGAGCAUUAUCCUUUUUAUUGGAGCGAUAGUCUGAUUAAUUGUUCUUCAGACAUAUUCAAAAGAUGAAUCCUACGACUAGUGUAGGAAAUAUGGAGACAUUUCAAUAGUGAACCAGUGGAAACUGUGUCUUAUUGGUCGUAGCCAUCAAAAGGUUUAUCUUUUCAAUGCAUGCAAUGAUUAGAGUCAAAGUAUAUCUUGGUAAAUUCAACUAUGAUUGCAAAAUUAAGACAUCCAGUUGGAUAUAGUAUUGAAUAGUUAUUAAGACAUCCAGUCAGAUAUAUUAUUGAAAAGUUAUUGAUUUGGUUUUAUCUCUUAAAUUUAUAGUGAAAGGGAGGGAAGAUUGUUUAUGAAGGUUGUAUGUUGUAAAGUGAGUAGCAUGUGAUAUCUUUAAUUCAUUGUCGUAGUAUUGUUGCUGGUAUUUCACGAGUACAGUUAGAUCUGCAUGAAGAGACCUACAAAUAUAAAAGGCUAAAAACGGGAAGUCUUCAUCAAGUACAUAUAUGUAUUGAUAUAUAGUAAAACUGCUUUGUUAUGAUGAGAAAAUAAUCAUCUCCUCUUUGGGAGAAAGAUUUAUUUCAUAAUCUCUUGAGCAGAUUUGACUGUACUUAAUAUAUUAAGCAUUUUUAAAAAAAAAAUUAUUGUGAAUCAUAAGUACCUUGUGAAUAUUUUGAAUGGUGUACCUAAAAUACACACAUAUUGAUGAGUUGUGAAAAUGAAAUUGUGACCAAACUUGAGGUUGCUUCCUAUUGAAUUAUAUAACUAUGCCAAUCUUUGUGGAGUCAUAUUUAUUGGCUAUUUGUCACUACUUGAAAGAUCAAAAGAAGUGUGAUUUAACUCAUUCACCCCUGUAGACACAUUUGAACUCUUCCAAUUCAGAAAUUGGAAUAGUUCAUUAUGACACUUCAGGGGUGAAUGAGUUGAAUGUUUUAACACUCCGAGGAAACCUCUAUGUUCGACACUUAUAAACAAUGAAAUCAAACUGAAUACUAGUAAUAUUUCAAAUUAUUUUGAAUUGACAAAAAACAUGUCUGCAUAUAGUUUUUGCAUAUGUUGCUGUUUUGAAGAUGACAUCUCAGUGCCACAGAAAGGUUUUCUUUGUAAUGCUAUCAUUUGUACUGACGUUUUGUGGUCUUUGUUCAGCUAACAAUUAACUAGAGCAAGAGUCGAAAUGAUGACGACAAAAUUCAGAGGAAAAUCCUAUCUAUAAUAUCUCACAAUGAGACAAAUAAGUAAGAACAAAAAGUCCAUCUGCAGAUAUUAUAUGGAAGAAAUUUAUACCAGAUGGUCUCGAGUACAUAUUGGAUCAUCAGACUAGCAGCUUUAAUGCAAGGUUCAUAUUAUGCAUCUGUAAGGAACAAUAGUACCUUCCAGGUAGUGGAAAUCUUGGGAUCAUUGAAAUGAGGUAUGAUUGUUGCCAAGUGGGUAGCAUUUCGUUUUUAAGUGUUUAAAUUUUGUUUGAUUCUAACCACAUUCGUGAAGACUGAAUACUGAGUGUAGGUCUUGCAUUGUUCUUAGAUAUUCAGGUAUCUGUUUAGGGUAGCUUGAUAUCAGUUUUGUUUUUGAAAUGUGUGUGCUAUUUUUUUUUUAUUUUUUUUUUCCCCCUAUGUAUUUUUUCCUAUUAUUUUAGUUUAGAGGAUGCCAAGUUUGGCACCUUACUUUGUUCUUGCCACUCAUUGUUUUGUGUGUACCUGUAUGUAUUACGACUGCUGGGAAGGGGGUACAGUAGAUGUUGUUAGGGUUUCUCUGUGAGAGGGAAGUUCUGGACAGUUCUAUUAACAUUUUUGGAACUUAAACAGGACAUCAUUUGAUGAAAUAUUUUACAUAUUUUUCAUUUGAAAGAGUAGACAUCAAUAGAAGGACAUUACAAUUUUAUAGAGCAAGUUGUGUCACGCUGCUCAUAAGUAGCAAACCCUCUCUGACAAUAAUUUGACCUUGAGCUCUCAUUGGUGGAUAUAUAGGUGUCAGCUGUGGUGGAAAGAUUUCGGGUUACUGGGAACUUCAGAAGAAUAAUUAUCUUAGGUAAAUUUUCAUCAAUUGACUUACUAAUAUAUAUGAUUUGAUCAAGAGGAAUCUGAAUUGACCUCUUAGGUUGAAUUGCUGAAAUUCCUUUGAAGAUACUCGGUAAUGCUGGUAAUGCUGUAUUCUUUAUUGCUGUUCUGAUGAUAAGUAUGAGUUUUAACUAUGAAUCAUAUUACUCUGCAUAUAAGUCUAUCAGGUAUCCUACACAGGAUACUAGAUUAAGUAAAUGAGGUCUUGUCUCAAAUCUCCACGAUAUUAUGUAAGGAAAGUUGUUUUAAGGUUUUGCACUUUGGGCCCUAAACAAAAAAAAAGGGCAGUGUUAACUACAGCAUACUGUAAAUUGAGAGCUACAAUCAAACGUUACAUGUAUAUAGAAUCUGAGACUUCUUUAGAUGUUGAACAUACAUUUGUUGUAUGCCGGUAUGCUGACACAUGUAGUUGCUGGCUAUAGAGUUAUCGCCCUUGUACAAUUUAUGGCAUGCUGUAAAGGGGGGAUAACUCUGGAGAAUGCUAUCCUACUUAAAGUUGUGUGAUAAACAUCUGUAUAUAUACUUGUACGAAAUACAUUAAGAUAAAUAUAUAUGAAAUAUAAUUAUAUCAUCUAUAAAUAUACAGUUUAUGUAUAUGGACUUUGAGUAUGCUUGCACGUCCAACUUGUAUCGUCCUGAUACCUCACAAGUCAUUUUAAUUAAAUCGCACAGAUCACAAGUAAUCCAAAUGUUAAGAUAGAAAUAGAAAUAUUGAAAGUAAUUUUUUUAAUAUUUAUAUAAAUGUUAACUUAUACACAAUUUUUUAGGUGUACCAGUUUUAUAAACAUUAUCAACAUUUUUCAUUAAAGUGUAUAAAAUGAAACCAUUAGGAAUGAUCUUUUAACUUUUACUAAUUGAAAGCAAUAGCCACAUUUUGUAUAUUAGGUUUUUUGUUCCUCCUAACCAACUUAGCAGACACAUAUAUAUAUAUUUAGCAAUUUUCUUGAUCCUUUAAGUAGUUGAGAAUAUCAAAUUUGGUGAAAAUGUACAGUGAUUUUCUAGUGGCUUUUACUGCAAAGGUAUUUUGCAAGUCUCUUUUUCAAGCAGAAAUGCUGGUUGUUUUGUACAGAUAUGAGCUUCUCGGAUGACUGUUUUGUUUCUUCUCUGUGAAUAUCGAGAUCAACAUAUGACUUCGUACUUUUUUUUUUUACAAUGGUGCAAAAAUCUGUAUAUUGAAAUAUCACAUGUUGUGAGUGUUUGUAUCCGUCUUGCGUGUCUAGCAUUAAAUGCAAGUGUAAGUCAUUACUAUCAAUAUGUCUGUCAAAUGCCCAGAUCUAUUAUAAUUUAGUUAGCUGAAAUUCAAAUUGAAUUGAUUUGUUUUGAGGUGAUGUAGUAGCUGGUGGCUACCUCACUGCAGAUAAAGGACACCUGUUGCCUGUUAUCCAGUGAAAUUGAGAUAAUAAUGCGAUCAUGACUGUACAGGACAGAAUAUUAUUUCAGCUUUUGUGAGCAACACGCGUCAGAUUUUCACCUGAGGUGGCAUUGGUGUGGUUUUCUACCGAUUGAAUUACUGUGUCUGCUAUUCAGGACAAAAACCAAUGAUACAUUGGUAUUAGAUGGAAGUUUAUGGAGCUGGAUGUGUAAGGAAUUAGACACCAUUCUUUAAAAAAAAUUUUUUAUUUCAUCCGUAAAUAGAUCAGGACAUUGACUUUUUUGUACAGCGAUAAAGAUCUUUAAGUAUUCAGUUUGAAACAUUUUGUGACAAAAUGGUCAUAUUAAGGGGCAUUUGGUUGACUUAGGCCACCAGUUUUAUUGUACAGUACUAAGUAAUCAAAUCUGUUUAUAUAUAGACUUAAUCUGUACAGACUUGUGCAAUAGAUGUUUGUUAGGUCUUAUCAAAGUUGUAUUUGUUGGAUAUUGAUAGUUUUCUAUGGCUUCAAAAGCCUUAUUUCUGUUAGAACAGUUUCAGUCGAGAGCUUAUAGCACUGGACUUCUUACUUGUGGGAAUUGAACAUUCCAUGGUUUCCCAGAAUAUUUUAAUACAUGUACAGAAAUUAAAAAAAGCAACUUGUAAAUAUGUAUGUAGGAAAAGCAGGAUUUGUUUAAUGUUGGGAGAUUGUAAUCUCUUUCUGAUGUUACAUUACAUGUUAGAUAAAACCUAAACAGUCAUUCGAGAAGCAUUGUAAUUUGUUCCGUCUCAUCAAAAGUGCUGUAGGGCAUGUCAUAGUUUUUCUUCGCUUCCUAGCUGCUGUUGUAAGAUGAUUAAAUUUCAUAUUAAUGUAAAAUUGCUUAGAAACAGAAGGAUUGAAAUAAGGCUCAAGAGUUUUGGGACACUAAGAAAUGGGUAAAAAUCAAGAAAAGUCAUAAUAUUGUGCUUCCUUUGAAUCCUUCUGUUACUUCCUGUGUGUAAAUAAAUAAAGUUUGUAAAUCGGAACUGUAUAAAACGAGCACUCUCCAUGUAUAGCUAUCGGUGACCUGUCCAGUAGGUUUGUCACUGAACUUACAUCUUUAUAGUAUCCCGUACCCUGUACAGAUCAAACUCUCUUACCACAACUAAAACUUCAAGUCAUAAAGAAAUAAGUCAUAAGUAGCAUGUGUAUAAAGAAUCUUAUAAAGUUACAGGGUCAGUUAAUUACUUAUCGGAAUCUGUAUCACUGACCUGUCCUUGUUUCUACAUAGGGCAUUGUUAAAAUCAGUACUAAUUUCUCUAAGGAAAUAAUCAAGGAUGGAAUAUUCAUAAACUUUCAACAUGAUAUACUGUAAAUUAAAUUUAUGGCAUUUUGGGGGAAACCCAUUAGGGCGGUUUCAAAAUUAUCUAGGUGGGAGGGGUGGGAGGCACAGACCCCACCACCAAUCAAAAAUUAAAACAUAUUUAAUAUAGGGAAUGAUAGAAAAGAGGCUUUACCUCAACCAUCCAUGAAAGUUUAAAUCAAGCUCCUCCUAUACUGAUAAUCCAUGAAUAACCGAUAGUGAAAAGAAUAAUUCCCCAUUUAAAAUAAUGUUCAGAUGAGAAAUAAUUAUUUCUUCACUUUAACCUAUAGAUUAGCCCAGUGAACACCUGUAUAAAAACAUUUGUAAAAUAAGUCCCCAUUGAUGCCGUUUCCACCUUGUACAUUGCGGUGAAGCUGGAUUGGUGCUAGAUGUAUUUAUUUGAAGUUUGCAAACUCCAGUGUACAGAGUAAAUAUCCUCUAUAGCUAGUGUUGAUACAUAUUUUGUGGAUAAUUCAACAUAUGACCGAUUCUAGUUUCUCCUUUUAAAAGAAUAUGUUUUAAAUAAGAAAAUCGCCCCUUGGUACCUGUAUUAGAUUGUAUUAUUUGUAAAUCUUGUAAAAUCUGAAGUAAUGACCAAAGAAAUUGAGUCAACAUGAAUUUUCAUCCUUUUUCAAUAUUAGAACUAAAUUGAUUAAUUUUCAUUCUCAGGCCUUCUAUGGUAUCUAUCACAAAAACGUGUAAAUAAACAAUAUUCCUGUUGGAAGUAUUAGGAGGUUGUUAAAAAAAAGUUCAGGCAUUUCCCCCAGUUUCAUUUCUCCCAUUCAUGUGUAUAAAACAAUGCAUGUAUAUUAGUGUAUAUAUUCAAAUGUCGAAGACAUUUUCUAGUACAUGUAACAAAGAAACAUUUUGAAACAAUGGUAUGUACAUACUUAAGAGAUGUUAUUUUUUUAAAAGGAGAACAAUACAUGUAUAUAGACAGAUCUGACUACAGCCAAAUUAACUGGGGUAUGACCCCAUGUUCAAGUCACGAUGCCUCUGAAUAUUCAUGCUUUUAAAUGUUGAUGUAUUUGUUUUUGCCAGGUGUGAUUCUUGCAUUGUGGGACCAAGCUUAAAAAUUCAACACUUGGAUAAAGAUUUGCAUUUAAGUGAUAUUGUGAAAUACUUCUUAAUUGCAGAGCAAUUAUGAAGUCCUGAGGUACAUUUGAAAAAAUAAAAAUAAAUAUUUGACAAUAACAAGAAAAGGGAAGAUGGGUUAAAUUUUCGAGGAUACCGUAUAUCUAGGAUUAAAUUUCUUUGAAAAAGUCAGUUUUUGAAAAAGUUAUUUUUUGGAGUGUUAAUUUUUGACAAACAUUAGCUAUUGGUUUGACAAACAUUGGUUAUUUGUUUUAAAAUGAUUGGGAGGAAAUUCAAAUAUUGAUGAAGUUUGAAAGUGAUGGGGGUGGAAGCAAAAUUAUGUAUAUAUAUAAAGCUGAAAAUUGACCAAUUCGUCCAUUUUGUAAAAUAUCUUCAUUUAUGUACAAAUCGAAUAGUGUUUUGAUAUUUUAUUAGUUUAAUUGUAUAUAUUACAAUGAUAGAUGUAACAUGUAAGCCUACAAGCCUGGAGCCCAAUGGGCCUUGUUACAGAAAGCUGAAUCAAAAACAUAUUCAGAGGCAUCUAUAGGUGAACGCAAUUCAAAUUGUAAAGCUUGUUUGUAAAUUGUAAAAUAGAAUUUAUAUUUGUCAUGAAACUAACAGCAAAGUAUAACUGACUCAUAUUACUGACCCCUCUUUGAUCCCUCCACCCUCUCUACCAAUCUAAAACAGAACCAACACCUUCAUUGCAAAGGAUAUAUAUUGUCUGGUUUUGUCAGGAUAUAAGUGAUUAUUGACCGCCAUGCACCAUAUUCUCAUGUACUUAAUUAAAACAGCAAUAAAUUCACUGUCAUCUGUACAUAUUAAGUAACCACAUACUCAGCAGAGCACACAUCUCAAUUUUAACAAAGAUUCAGGGUAUUUGCCAUCUGUAAUUGUCAUUAGUAUUCCUUGUGAUCCAAGUUUUGUGUGUCAAAUUUGUUCUCUAAUUCUCGAAUUCUAUGCUUUCUUAAAUAACAAUGUUGAUGAAAUUGGAAUUGAAUUAUGUGCCCUAACUUAUACUUUGACAGAUUGUAAUUUUUUUUUUAGGGGUUUAACAUCCUUGAUUGUGGAAGCUGAAAGAUUUAUACCGUAGUUCCUAGUGUCAAGGUGAUUUGAAAAUUUUACAGAAAGUUUUCCAUGUAUCUAAAGCUUUUGAGGUGUAUAAUUAUUCUAUAAAUUUUGCAUACGCUUGUAGAUUUGCGAAGUUUCUAUUAACAGUAGCCAUGAGGAUAGAGUUUGGAAUGAUAUGCGACAAAGGCCGGAUCAUUCCCACUAGAUAAUACUGAUCAUGAUGUAUUUUGACCAAUGAUAGUUGUCCCGUUCAUUGUCUGCUUUGGGCGGUGUUGUGAGUGGCCUUCAUAUAGGAUACCUUGAUAUAAUGCUGUUUGUAUAUUUUGAUGUUUUUGAAAGUUCUGAGUGAUGAUAGAUUAGGUUUGCAGUCAUUGAUAAUGUAAUGUGUAUGUAAACUGAAAGUAGAUUUUAGUAGUAGUGUUAUGUACAAAUAGCAUGUAAAUUCAAAAUAGAUAUCAGUCAUUCAGAUUGUACACUGUACAUUAUACAAAGCUUAAAUCAUGUGUAUUGUUUCACAACAUAAAAAUUGUAAAUUAGUUUUUUCCUUCCCAUGAUAAUGAAAACAUGUUUUAUUUCACACGAUAUAGGAUUUGUUUUAUCUCCUUCAAGUUUGUCAUUGUAGCAUUCGCUGCAUUACUGUAUAAUAUAAUAGCAAUUCCAGCAUUACCUGUGUAUAGUGUAGAUCGUGUAGCAUAGCAUUGGUAUUGGUAUGUAUUCAUUUCUAAGUAUUGUGGGAGCUUUCUGUCCUAUUUUGUAUAUAUAUUGGUAGUCACGUUGUUAUACAUAUAUAAUCAUGUAACAUGUUUAAUAGAUCUAUUUCCUCUAGUUUAAUAUCUACCCCAUUAGAGAUUUGUUUCAUUUGUCAUUACUGUAACGCCAGUUGAUAAGAUUUUGAUGACUAUGUAUAGAUGUUACGUAUCACUCUGAAUGUAGAGUGAUAUCACUACAGAUCACAGAUAAUCCUUGUGUUUUAUUACAAACGUAGUCUGCAUGCUGAUUAGCGUUCUCAUAAUAACUCUCCUCGCAUAUCAGAUAUUUAUAUAUCUUUUUUCCUUCUUAUAAUCCUGUUGUCUCUUUGAUAUUUUAAUCAGAUUUUAUCAUAGUUUGACUUGACUUGGGUCGUGUUGAAAGAAAAAGUAUUGAGCAAUGAUCCACAUAGGAGGAAGGGUAAACAGUGUUCUGUGAAUUCUGUAUGGAGUUUUGUUUGACAUUCCAUUAAUACAUCAAAAUACAGUGUAGCCUUGUUAAUCCCAGGGUUCUUUUAUGUUUUCAGACAAGCCUUGACAAGGCCUCCAUUAACAUGUCACUGUCAUUAAUUGGAAUAUGUCAAACAAAUUCACAUAGAAUGUCAGGAUUUUAAGAACAUUGAUGUCCGUUAAUUAAUGAGUACUGUAAGGUGUAGAGGAUGUUGUUACUAUAGAAGUUUGAUACUAGUGACUUUGUACCUAUUACAAGCCUUUUCUUGUAUUCCACUCUAGAUUAAACCCAGUCAAUCUCAUACUCCGAGAUAAUGAAUCAAUUUCAGUCUGCCAGUCACAUAAUGAUGUCGUUUUUCUUGACAUUAGCUGUGAUUGGCUAAGUCCGAGCGAAAGAAUGUUUAGGCUGAAGAUUGUUCGAUGAUCCUUGUAAAAUAGGACUAAGACAAAGUGUCUCUCAGAUUGUAGGAGAUUUGAUAAUUAUCUAUUAAAACUGAUUGCAGUGGUCUUAAAACUGACCCUGGGCUUAUCCCAGUGUUGUAAUAUGGUAUCUAGAACUGGUUUUGUAAUAGGUACAUGUGUUGCUAAUGAACAGAGCUUUUGAUCCUAGAGGUGAUUUUUUUUUUAUUAGUGUCAGGCUUGUUCCAAUUUGUAUAUUGGUCAUAUAUUUGUGUGUUGUAUUUAGCUGAGCAGACAACAGUUCACACCACAUUGACUCAUCACAGAUGGUUGUGGCAUAUUGUGCUUGAGGUACGAUUGUUGAUUUUCACUCCGUACUUCAUUUUGUAUUUACUCUUUAAGAUUUUUUGGUUUAUGAAAUUUGAGAUUAGAUAUUGUACUCUGUACAGAAAAUAGCAGCCCACUUGAGUUUUGCAUUGGCUAUUUAGUUCUGGUCGCCCAAAUCCUGUAUAUGUGAGAUUUUGUAAGUCUUUCAGCUACAUAUGAUCAUGUAGAGUUGUAAAAUCCUCAAGUUGUAAGAUAAAAUACGGUUUCUGUUCGGUAUGGAAUUUGAUAUCCUGGGACAUCUGAAUCAACAGCUUGCAUACGGAAAUGUAUAUAGCAAUGCACAUCCUACUUAUACACUUUGGAAAUGCUGUAUUUGAAAAUAAGUCCAAUUAUAAGAAAACUCCAUCUUCAAAUGAUAGCUGUACAUGUAUGAAAAGUUUGCAUGCAUGUGAUCAGAUAUAUCUCUGGAUUGAAUCCAAUGCCAUUGAACCAGAUUCAGAUAAUGUUGAAAUGUUUCUAACCUGACAGAUGGCUGAAAACUGAAGACCUAGGUUAAGGUUCGUUACAGCUUUUGACAGCUAGCAUAUUUGACGUAAUCCACCAUUAUAUGAGUUUGUGAUCAGAAGUAUCUGAGAAGGGCAAAAUGAAAAUGGCUGUUACUUCCUGUACUGAGGUACCCUGGGAAUGUAUCAAAUCCUUAAAUUUUAGAACACUUAAAAUUCUAUCAUGUUAACAAUUGCAGUCUGGAAGUUUUGAAUUUGGGUGUGUAUUGUAGCCUGCCUGGUAAUUAAUAUACUGCUUGUUACUUUUAACUAAUAUCAUAAUCAUGUAUGCCUUCACUUUCACUGAAAACCUAAAAAUUUCAGCCAGAUUUCUUUUAAAGAAUAUUCCGAGGAAGCUUCAGAGGAUAAAACAGAAAUAUUCUAAGAAAUGUUGUUGAGGUUUCGUGGCUUUGAUGUACCUAUUGUGUAUUGAUAGUCUUCACCUGUAUAUGUUGAACAUACUACUGUAUAGAUUAUAACAGGGUGUGUGCUGUAGCAAAUACUACAUAUGUAUAUAUUUUUUCGACUCGCAGAGAGAAACAUGUGUUCACGUCCCUAUAACCUCUCCACAAGGUAAACAUAAUUGUAAUAUAGCAAAGUAGAAGAAAAUUAAAUUGUUUUCUUUCAAUUUAGUAAAAAUUGUACAAUAUUCCGUAACCCCAAAAAUUACCACAAUUGUAAAUUCGCCAACAUUGUUAAUAGUUUGUACCAUAAAUAUCUUGAAAAUAUAUAAAUAAAAUUUUGUGAGUGAGAGGUGUAUUAUGUGAAAUAAAAGAAAGUAGGUUGUCAUGGUAACCAACAGUGUAUAUUUUCUUCAUGUGUAAAAUAUCAGCAUUUAUCAAAGAAAGUGUUACGGGGCAAUGAACCCCAGUAUGUACAAAGUUUGCUCGUGUACAGGCAUUUGAACUAUUACAUUGGUAUAUAUUGUAGCAUAAAAAUUAUUUGAUUUUGUAUAUUCAGGUUGUUCCCAUUUGUACAUAGACUUUUAGGGUGGGGAUGAUAGUUAGUGUAAAUGGUGACGAGACAUAUUAUCAUUUUGUCACAAAGCUUGACGAUCAGGUAAUCGUGAAGUAAGCUUUAGAGAAGGAUGAUUAAAAUGGGUAGGGGAUUGUACAGGAAUAGACGUAAGAUGAUGGGUUAAAAUGCAGGUUGGAGAUGCAUUAUGGGAAGGGAUGAUAUGUCAUUGAAAAUGGUGCAGAUGCAUUAUGGGAAGGGAAGUAUGGCCAUUGAAUAUAUAGAUGCAUUAUGGAAAAGGAAGAAGGGUCAUUGAAAUCUGUUCACGAGUUGGUCAGAGAUGCACUAAAGGAAUGGGUGCUAGGUGAAGUUGGUAUUUUGACCAGGGGCUGGCAGGAGAUGCACUAUAGGAAUGGGUGCUAGGUGAAGUUGGUAUUUUGACCAGGGGCUGAUCGUUAUCGUUUAUGCAGAAAAAAAGUAUUUUUAAAUGCAACAUUCCAGGCAUUAAUUUGAGUCUUUGACAAGACUUGCCAGAUAUCCAAUAGGAAAUCACUAGGUCUGUUCUGUGACCAAUCAAGUCAUGUUCACUAUAACAAAUAAAAUUAUUCAUGGUAUGAACCCUGAUAUAGGGUAUCGGGAGAUAAAAUAUUGACCCCCUGCAGUGCAGAGAUGGGUAAAAAAAACUACAAUUUCUUGGGUUGACAGUAAAUGGAAUGUUCCUGAUAUACGGGUGGGAACAGACAGUAGAAGUGAAUAUCUUGUGUGGACCACAACAAUCAACAAAAUUUACCUCAUUUCGAUGAAAAGAUCUUAAGUCACAUUUAUUGAGUGAAUUGCUUUGCCACCUCCUGUAGGUGUAAACAUUAAAUCUGUAAUGUAAUAAGCAGAAAGCAAAAUUGAAAGUAAAUAAUUCAUAUAUAAAAAAAAAUUCAUUGGUCAAUUAAAUUUUACAAUAAAAAAGGUUGAAUAAAUUAAUUGAUGAAGUCUUGAAUUGCGAGUUAUUGAUAGUGAUACUGAAUUUUUUUUUUUUUUUUUUCCCAAUAAUACAAUACCAGUAUUAGGUGAAUUCUCUGUAAAUCAUAAAAUACCACAAUAUGUAGGUGAUCUUUUGUAGUUCGCAUUUCAUUAAAUAACUCCCAUUUGGUUACCAUGACAACUAUAGUUUCUUGUUGCACAUUUUUCUUCUAAAACUGCCGUAAAAUUUAUACGAGAUGGACUUUCUCGUAGCCAUUGUGCCACUGUAAGUAAGUUGUAGAUUUAUGUAGUAAAAAAUCAUUGUAUUAUUGGAGCUUCUGUAAAUGUUUGUAUAAAGGCCAACAACAAUGGAAUUGUCCAUUGUAUCAGAUGAAACUUGUGUUUUUUCUUGCAAGUAAAAAAUAAAAUGUUCAAUUCUAUGGUAA